GUGAAUUUGAACAAACAUGUUGGAACACGGUAAGGCACAGUUCGAUAAUAUCGACGGCGGAACAAGUCGUUUACCAGUUACUGAGUUACUCAGUAUGACACAACGUUUAACUGACAAUUGGAUAUGAAAAAAGUGUAAUUUAUUAACAAAAUAACUAUACAGUACAAAUUAUACUGGUCAACAAAAUGAAGUAUUAUGAAAGUAAUACAAUUUUCCAAUUUAAUUGGGAUCAAGUAGCACGUGGAUUUUGGCAAAGAUAUCCAAAUCCUAAUAGCGCCCAUGUACUUACGGAAGAUACUGUAUCAAGGAAGGUUGAAGAUGGCAUAUUACAUACCAGACGACUUCUGACAAAAACUAACAGAGUACCAAAAUGGGGAGAGAGAUUUAUUAGUAAAAAUGUUGUAAAAAUUGUCGAAGAGGUCACAGUGGACCCCAAAACGAAAACUUUAACAACAUAUACAAGAAAUUUAGGUUACACUAAAGUCAUGGUUGUUGUGGAGAAAGUUGUUUAUAAGGUGUGCGAAGAAAAUCCUAAUUGGACAGUUGCAAAAAGAUCAGCUUGGAUCGACAGUCAAGUAUUUGGAUUUGGUAGAGCUAUUCAAGCAUUUGGAUUGGAUAGAUUUAAAAAGAAUUGUACUCUGAUGUAUAACGGGUUUAAUUAUGUCCUAGCACAUAUGUUUCCACAAACAGCACAGUAUAUGAAUCCGACACUUUCCCAAAUGGGUUUUGCUCAUCUAGUAAGAACAACGUACAUAAUCCAAGCUUCGAAAGGAAAAAAUUUAUAUUUACAUGUUUCUUUCUUUUUAUUUCAGGUCGAUGAAGGAGCUGGGGCAAGGACUAGUCUCGCGGAAGAUUUUCAACAUUCGUUACAGGGUAGAGCGGAAAAAGUAAAGGACGCUGCUAAAAAGGCAAAAGAUUUGGCAAAGAAAAAAGCUGGAACGAUUUAUGCUGCGUACCAAUCUGAACAGUCGUAAAUAAAGCGAUAUUAUUGAUGUGAACAACGAUUUAAAGUAUUUGGGGAACAGAAACAGUGAAAAUUAAAACAGUUUCGAAAUGGAACCGAAAGAUAAUUCUUGCAAAUCGAUCGAGCGAAUAGUAUGAAAUCGUUGGUAAUUGUUUAGCAUUGUCAAUAUUCAUGUUUAUAGUUGAUUAAAUAGGAUUCGUCCGUCGAUGAAGCAAGGGAGGUGAAAAGAAGUUUUUGUUUGAACCACUCUACUGCAGUGGCUCUGUAUAAUAUUUCCACGUUGUCAUUCCUAUUAACUGCCAACACAUAUUUAAUUUUUAAGAUUCAUUUAAAAUAUUUUUGUGAUAGACGGAACAACAUUUUUAAAGAUCGCAAUUACUGACGAUGCUAAAUUGCGCGAACGUGGCAAUAUCGCUAUGCGUGUAUAUUUCCGAAAAAAUUUCUAAAUUUGUUAUUCCUUCAAAUACACAUGUUUUACUUUGAUAACGUGUAAACAUUAUUAAACACGAUAACAAGAGAAAAAUGUGGGAGGAAGAGUGUAGAUUGUUUUGUAAAAUAUUAAAAUAGUAUAAAGAAAAUUAGAGAAAUUAAAUUAGAAAAUUAGAGAAAAGAAAAUCUCUUUAAACGAGAUGGAUGGUUUCUAAAGGAACCAUGAGUAAUAGCGAGUGCAUAUUGAUCCUAAGUAUUAAGCAUUUUUUACUGGUACGAUCCAAACUUCGUCGGUAUCUAUAUAAUAUUUUAUAUCGGUGUUGAUGGUUUUCGUACGUAAUUGUAAAAUUGCAAUUGCACUUAGAACGUAUUUGUGGCAAUUCUGUAUUCUGUGCACGCUUUUGCGUACACACCGUAAAAUUAAGAUAUCCGGAUGUAUACAUAUUAUAUAAAUAUAUAAUAGAAGAAUUUGUAUAAAUUCUAGUUAGAGAUUAUAUCAUGUUUACGUUGAAAGAAAUCCUAAUCUGAUAUUUAGACGUCAUUGUAACUUAUGCAAAUAUCAUGUAAACAGAUAAAUUGUAUAUUGUUAAAAUGUGUGAAUAAAUUAUCUUAUUGAAACCUAAGAAACACAA